UUCGCACGGAGGUGAUGAUAUGUAAACCAACAUGGACGAGGGAAGUUAAGGCAUUUCGUAAACGUGGACGAUUUCGAUGUGAAUUGGUUUGAAGGUGAUAUGAGAUUCAAUUUACCCAGCAUUGAUCAGCAACGCUUUGAAGGCGUGCUGAGGCCAGGAUGCGGACGACAGUGAGAUCGAGCUCCCUGACAGCGGUCGGCUGAGGACCAAGAGUUCUAUUGACGCUGUCUGCUGAUUCGUUCAGGCCUCUCUCUGGACAUCGUCUGAUUGGAUCGUGCACCUCCGGUCAGGGUCGGAGCAAAUUCACAGUCGAAGUGAGUUAUAGAUCUACAAUAUUCAUUCUGUCCGAGAGCAGCUUGUAUAAUAAACCCACGAGGACCAAGUUGUCGGUUCAUGAACGUUUCCAUCAUUAUAGCCUUCUCAGUCUCGCGAGAGAAAACGAUUUCUGGGAGCCUUGCGCCAACAAAGCCAUCCCAUCGAUAGUAAUGCUAUUCGUGUCGCUUUGAACUCCGUUGCGAAAAGGGAAUUCUUUACUGAGUCACCACUCUGGUACAAUUCCGAGCACUUGAUUUGAUUAUUCGGAAUAUCAUGGGCUCGUGAGUGGGGAAACAACAAAGAACUGCUUGAGCAAUUUCCUGGUUAGUACAAAGGUUAUUUUGAAAAGGGAUAAUUUACAAAGAUCAAAAGGAGAACUUAGGUUUUGUGAGCGGAUACAGUCUUCAAUUUUAAUAGUUUUGGAUACCUAAUUUCCGUUCAAUACUAAUAUGGAUUCCCCUUUGAGACCACCUGUAAAGGUAACGAUUAUUGUCCAGGUUGAAUAAACACAUUGGGUUUUGGAAAGAAAUUGAAUUCGCUGGCACUCAUUGGGAACACCAGUUCAUUGGAUUAAACUGUCACAUUUUGCAUAUCGCCGUCCGUUUUGAGAGAUGAACUCUACUUCUCAAUAGAAAUUAUCGCUUUCCAAGAUUUCUGGUAGUUUUGACCAAUCAGGAGCGCUCAAUCCUGCUUCACCAGUGCUUUCUUCAGGACUGAACCAAUCAGACAAGAGUACGUUAGACUAAAUUCUUCUUUCCGGAAGAGGUGAAUGCUGCAUAAGGGAUCAUUUCUUGUAUAUUUUGGUUUGAGUAUUUCCUCUGAGAUGGAUAUUACACUGAGACCGCAUGUCUCUGUCAAAGAAGUCGCGAGUACGGAAAAAUAACGGAAGAUUCGGGAAAACACGGAAAAAACGGAAAUUCUGCAAUAAUGGACGCCAUAAAGAGACCAACCGUCAAGAUAGUUUUAGUCCUUAAAGGACAUUUCGAAAAUGGAAAAUUUACUUUCAACUUUGAAUAAGCUUUUCAUGGAAUGAUCUUUUCGUGUUUCUGCUUCUUACUGGAAACAAGUAGAAGAACUGAUCUUCACGUAACUUUGUUUCAUUCCGAAUUUGAGUUGGCAAAUCCAUUUUGAACAAGGUGUUUUCUUGGUGAAGGCGUUCACAAAAAUAACACUGAACGCAAUCACCAUCGGUUCUUUGUAACUUUUCAACGGAAUAGUAUUUGUUUCUGCGAAUAAUAUUCAUAAUUUUGGAUGUGUCACAACAAACGGCCGAAGAGCCGGUAUGACGUCCGCCUCUUGUGAAGCAGUUCCGGAACCUGGCAAGCGGCCAUUACUUUUGCCAAAUACAAAAUGGCGCUUAAUCCGCACGCUCCGAUUGGUUGGGAUUUCAGACAUGGCGACUCGGCAGGAUAACCCGGAUGACAUGAAAGCAUCCGAUUGGUCGUUUUACGAAUUCAAAUGAUUCACUCGUGGGCUUUGCGCCGAAUGGUCUACAGAUAAGGUCAGGUGGUAAUAUGUUUACAAAAGUAUGAUUGUUGGGGGAAAACAUUUCCUGAACAUGCCAUGCUGUGAUAAUUGUUUUUGAGUUUAAUCGCUGCAUUAUUGAUAUAGACCACACAACAAAUAACGUGAUCACAUAAUCCGUCGCCGCAUCACGGGAAUCGUGCACGGACAUCUCGAUCGUGGAUCCGAUACUGUACUAGAUCUAGCCCCCUGGUCAAGCUGCUGAUAGGGGCUAGGGUCUUGCUAUUUCAUUUUAGACACGUUGCGCAAGCAAUAGUUGCGAGAUUACAAAAUACUAUUUUACAUUUUUGUGAGAUUUAUCGUGAUUUCCAUAUCGACAUAAAUGCCCAGGCGGCGCCAUCGUCACGGGACAGUUCACCAAAUCAAGCGGAAUCUUUACGAACUGGCUCUAAGUUUUUAUACCCUUGAGGAAGGUAUUGCCAGCAUGUCUUCGACAAAGUUAUUCAAUGCAGUUGAAAGGGGUGAUUUAGUGGGGGUGGAGAAGGCUCUGCAGAAUGGAUGCGAAACCAACCAAUCACGCCACAGUAUUCAUGGAUCGGCACUCCACCUAGCGGCGAAGGCGGGCCAUGCUGAAAUCAUUGACUGUUUGUUGUCUCAUGGCGCAGACAUUCAUAACAACGACAGUGAGAGGAGGACGCCGUUGCAUUACGCAUGCGCACGAGGACACGACGAUGUUGUGGAUAUCUUCCUAAAACAUGGCGCCAAGAUCAACUUCGUUAAUUCAGACCAGACGCCCUUGCACAUGGCCUGUGAGGCCGGUCACAUUCACAUCAUCCGUCGGUUGUUAUUUGCCGGUGCAGAUGUAAACUGCCGAUCCACGGAUGCCGUGAUUGGACCGGGGGUGACCCCGCUUUACAUCGCGUACAUCGCGGGCCAGACCGAAGCUUAUAAGACCCUGAUCGAAAACGGCGCGAAGAAAUACGAGCAGUUAUCGGAGCUGCAUCAAUAUAUUUUCCUUGGCAAUGAGAUACAAGUUGACAGAAUUCUUUCCAUGCCGAACGGAAUGCGCAUGGUCAAUACCACCGACAAAGAUGGCCGCACCCCGUUACAUGUCGCGUGCGGGAUGGCGAAUUAUGGCAUAGUGAAGAUGCUGCUCCGCAUCGGAGUUGAGGUGAACUGUCGCGAUAAGCUGGGAAAGACCCCGCUACACUACGCUGCCAGUCAUUGUGGCGUCAAUCUCGACCGGCGCAAACGAUGUGUGUACCUCGCUCCUCCCGAAUCUGAGAAAACUCCGUCUUAUUCUUCGGACGAGGAUCAUGAUAUCCCCACAAGCCGCGCAUCCUCCCCUCGGCGUGUCGCUGUGAAAAUUGACCAACAAACAAUUCAAGAUUAUGUGAGCAUUAGUAAAAUGCUUCUUCGCAAGGGGGCGUUUGCCAACCUGUUGGACAACGGUGGGCAGACUCCGCUGCACAUGGCAUGCCGGGAAGGGAAGUUGGGUCUGGCGGAGGUCUUCAUAGCUUUUGGAGCCGACAUUGAGAUUAGGGACAAAGUUCGCGGACAGUGCGCGCUGCAUCUCGCGUGUCUAAAACCGGAGAGUUACCCCGUGACUGAACUUUUGAUCAAAGCUGGAGCGAAAUUGAACAUUCAGGAUAAGCACAGAGGGGACACACCACUUCACAUCGCAACUAAAGGCAACUGUCUCCGCAGUUUGGAACUACUUUUAAAAGCGCAUUCGAAAACGGAUAUCCCAAACGAUGAGAGUGGUUAUACGGCGCUCCACAUCUCUGCGAUUCACGGGUAUUAUUACGCUUCUAAGAUGUUAUUAGAACAUGGCGCGAACACGGAGAUUAAAGAGAAAAAUUGGAAGCACUCGCCCCUACAGAUGGCGCUGCGGAGACAACAUUACCACCAGAUGGAACUGUUGAUAAAAUAUGGCGCCGAUGUUGAUAGUGAAGACAAGUGGGGCUACAGUUCGUUCAGUAACGUUUUAGUCAAUUUCAUAAAUAAGUGUGGCUAUGGUAACGUUUCCAUAGAAACCUACCAAGCUGUGGUAGCAAUUUUAGUAAACGCUGGUUGCGCUCUUGGCGACCCCGAGAUCUUUCCCGCCUCCAUGAAAAAGAUGCUUGCUUCGGUCUAUGAGGCCGAACUUCUAGAGGAGCCACAUACUCACCACGGACUCACUAAAGUACUAUUAGCAUCUGGUUGUGGGAUCUUAGAAAAGUUAGACCCACCUUCCUUGGUCACGUGUUUGCUGCGGAACGAAGACGACGGAACGUUUCUUUUCGCCCGCCGGUGCGGAUAUUAUAUUGAUCUCGAAGAAAUAUCGUCCUUUCUUGAACAAUCUCGCGCAAGUUUACUUGAUGAUGUUGGUUUCUACGAGCCGCUACGAUUAAAGGAUAUCUGUCGGAUAGGAAUUCGCGAGGUCUUGUAUGAUAUUCAGAAACGUGACACGAGGCACCAGCAGAUUGAGCGGCGGCCAUCUUUGAAAGCAAUAUUUCAGAAAGCAUCACGAAAUGAACGAAGAAGCAGCCAUAACAAACUGAACCAACCGAAGGGGAUUCAAAUAUGGCGGAUAAAGGCGCUUCCACUUCCGAUGACGUUGAUCAACUUCCUGUCAUUUGAGACGAUCUCGAUAAGCUUUCUGCAGAAUGAGAAACUUGCGCAGGGAGGAAAGGAUGCCAUUUUGUAGAAACAUUUUUUUCAUGAAAUGCUAGCCAAUUAGAUCUGACGAAUGCAUUAAAUGCAAUAAAUUCACUGAUCUCAAUUGGUUUUAUGAUUUGACUAAACUGCAAAUCUAAGUCCAAGUUGUUCGCCCGCCAAGUAAAUUGCGUCUUGAAAUUUCCCUCGGGCAGUUCCGUUGAAACCAUGGCAACCCGAUUACGUUUAUCAACUCAAACAAGCGUGUAACAGGUCCCAAUGAUUUUACUUUCAGGAGCUUGAAUUGUUCAAUAACUGGAUGUUUUCAUCGUUCGCGACAAGACAUUCCAGUUCAUGCUACUUUGGCAGGAACUAUCUGUACUUUGAUAUGGCAUUUGUGUUACAAAGUGUGGAAUUUUGACAUGAAAUUGAAGGUGCUUUCAAUACUUUGAUGAUUGAAUUGAUUGGAGCCUUCGAGUCAAAAUUGCUGAAAAAUAAAACAGUUGCAUUUUUGUUUUUUUAAACCCGUUUGAUGGGGUAUUUGAGUUUUUUUAUAAUAGGUAAUAAACCGUUGUUAGACGCCACGCAGGACGAGCGAUUUUCGUCGCUGCGACCUGUGACAGUUAUUGCUGUGCUGAGUGCCAACAAGCUCUCUCUCGUCUGCGGUUAAAACUGUUCAUCGUAGCAAAGAUCACCGGUUCUUGUCGCUGGCAACUGCGAUGAACACUGUGGACGAGAAAUGUUUGUCGCAUGCGAUUAUGUUCAAAGUUACAGCGACGAAAAUCGCUCGUUUGCUGGGCGUCUUAGAUAACGCAAGAAAGCUUCAUAAGUUCUGUUCUAGAGAGAUUUUAGAUGGAUAAUUGAAAGAAAUGAACGAAGGGAAAUAUGGAAAUUAUAUGCCACGUGAUAUGGAAUAUAUUGUGUUGGUGGUGUUGUUGCAACUGUUGUUGUUUUUGUUGUUGAAAUGAUUCGGAAAAAUAAAUUGUUUGCCAAAUUUCUAUCGAA